AGCACAGAGCUCCGAGAGAGGAGAUGGAGCACUGAGGCAGAGGCAGCAGGAAGGACUGAGAUCUGCACGCAAACGUGAAUAGAAGAGAGACAAGAGGGAAUCAGUGGAGGUGGAAGCGGAGGAAAGGGGGGGGAGUGAUGCCAGAUGAUGGAACCUAGAAACAGGUUGGACAGCUUUCCAUUCCUGCCCUGUGCAGCAGACAUGACUCUGGGCACUGGACUGUGCCGAAAUUAGCCAGGGGGACAACGGCGGGCAGGACAGAGGGUCUUCGGAGAGCUGCCUCAGGUUCAGUCUUGCUGGAUGCAGUAAGGCAGCUGAUUUAUUACUGAGGGGCUGGGUGGCAGCGUGUUUGCAAGUGCAUGCGUGUGUGUGUGCAGGAUUUUAUGGGUCUGUGUGGCGCUCCGAGCUGCGGGGAGCGACCAUUCCUCCAGUCAUAAAGUGACAUUCAGCAGGCAGGAGCUUUUUGUUCUGGUGGGGGUCUGCAGUCCACCGAAGGAAGUAGUAGAGAGGGAGUCGGAGCUGUCAUCGAGCGGAAACUAUGUGUGUGUGCGUUUAUGGUGAGCUUAGCCAAAGUGGAUCAGCUCUAGGUGUUGUGUGUGAGUGUGUAGGUUAGAGCAGCAAGGGUGCAGCAAAGACAAAGCUAAACAAUGCAAGGACGAGUGCCGAAUGACACCAAUGGCCGAGAGUGCAGCUGAAGUACAAGGAGUGCCCCAGGGGUAGAGGAGGACGAAGGAGAGGGAGGGAGAGAGAGAGAGAGAGAGAACAGCUAGAGGACAGAAAGAGGAAAGUAGAACAGUGAGAGGGUGAUCAUGGCUGUCGUACAGUGAGCUAUAGCAUAUGCUGUAGCGCAGAGCAGAGCGCUGCUGCAGGGGGGAGGACAAGCAUUACUGCACUGUGGAGGAGGUAGUGGAGAGGUGGGGGGGAUGCAGUGAGUUCAGCACCCAGGAAGGGGACGCACUGUAGGACAGUCCCAGAAGAAGACACCAAGACAAGAGACAAGAAGCCAGGUCAGCGAGUAGAGGUCAGAAAGGACCUGGUGCUCGGUUCAGCUGGUCAUAGGCUGGUCCUGCGGGCCGGAGGAAAGCCGAGAGUCCUGUUUCCUGUGACACCACCGACGCCGGUCCAUCACCAUGGGAGAAUGGACCAUCCUGGAGAGGCUGCUGGAGGCAGCUGUCCAGCAGCACUCCACCAUGAUUGGGAGGUGGCCAGACAAAGGAGACCAAAGGGAUGUCCGUGUUGCUCUGUUUCUGCUGGAUAUGAUCCUGCUGACAGUGGUGGUGAUCUUCCGUAUCCUCAUAGUCGGGAUAGUGGGCGAGAAGGUGUAUGAAGACGAGCAAAUCAUGUUCAUCUGCAACACCAUGCAGCCCGGCUGCAACCAGGCUUGCUACGACAAGGCGUUCCCCAUCUCGCACAUCCGCUACUGGGUCUUCCAGAUCAUCCUGGUGUGCACGCCAAGCCUCUGCUUCAUCACGUACUCCGUCCACCAGUCCGCCAAAGCGCGUGAUCGCAGCUACUCCCUGCUCCACUCUCACAUGGACCACCACGGACACGGUCACCACGGUCGCCACCACGACCAUCACGUUCGCAAACUGCACUCCCGCAACAUCAACGGCAUCCUGGUGCACCCCGAAAGCAAGGACGACCAAGACAUGGACGUCAAGGAGAUCCCCAACGGACCUCGAGGGGCCCUUCCCACGCACAAAAGCUCCAAAGUGCGGCGGCAGGAAGGCAUCUCCCGCUUCUACGUCAUCCAGGUGGUGUUCCGCAAUGCCUUGGAGAUCGGCUUCUUGGCCGGCCAGUACUUCCUGUACGGCUUUAACGUCCCGGGGAUGUUCGAGUGUGACCGCUACCCCUGUGUGAAGGAGGUGGAGUGCUACGUGUCUCGUCCGACGGAGAAAACUGUCUUCUUGGUCUUUAUGUUCGCUGUAAGCGGCAUAUGUGUGCUGCUCAACCUGGCCGAGCUCAACCACCUUGGAUGGAGGAAGAUAAAGACGGCCAUCCGGGGUGUGCAGGCCCGGAGGAAGUCCAUCUGCGAAGUACGCAAGAAGGACGUCUCACACCUGUCCCAGGCCCCAAACCUGGGCAGGACCCAGUCCAGUGAGUCAGCGUAUGUCUGACAGAGGCUUCUCCGCCUGGGAGCUCGAGGACCUUUAAAACUUUGGAGGAGAGCUUUUCCCCGGCCUGCUCAGUAGGACACAAGAGUGGCCACUGAACCCUUAGUGGUCAAGAGCACAGACUCUGUGUAGUCACAACAAAACAACAUGUCACCCCCCAAAAAAAGGGUUUUGGACACUUGAAGACAAAAAGAACCACCCGCGAAAACUCGUAUGUCCAGUUUUCUCACCUCUGACCUCUCCCUGGGUGACACUAGGUGCUUUCAGAGAAACUAACACUGAAACUGAGCAUUUACAAAUAUCACUAAGAUACUGUAAAGAUAGUCUGAGGUUGAAAAAUCUACAGUUCUUUCUUAGUUGCCUUUGCUGUAGGUCAGAAAAAAAGAUGAUGUAAUUUUUUUCCAUAUGUGCAUAUGCAAGAGCUUACGCCAGUGCGUGCAUGCAUGCAUAAGUAGGAGAGUGUGUGUGUGUGUGCGUGCGUGUGCGCGCGAGUGUGUAUGUUAUGGGAAACUGAAUGCUAAAUUAUUCUAAAUUACUGAAAGUAAGAUAGUUAUUUCUCAUUGUUGGAGAAUAGUUACUGGAUGGAUAAAUAAGCACCUUUUUUCUUAAACGAGCAUAAUCUACGAGCACUAGAAUGAUCCGUGUCAACUGGAACACAGUAUUUGUGUUGUAUUGUUGUUGUCGCUGCAGGAUUUUUGUUUUGGGAAAAAGAAAAAAAAAAGUCACACUUCUUUAUGUGCUUUGAUGGAUCAGAUACCACAAAGAAAACGGACUGACAAUGAGUUUUAUUUCCAACACUGUGUCGGUGCUCUUCGUUGCUCCUGGCGCCUCCGCGGCACGCCGUUUACGCUCAGAACCGAAAACCACGCCAGUAACCUUACGUUAGCUUGUAAAAUGCUCUUGCUGCCAAGGGCUUACGAAUGGAGUUACACGCAGACCUUUUUGAGUUAAACGGAGGGAAAAUACAAAACAACGUAGUCACGAAUAUUUUAAUGCAUAACCUCAAACCUUUUUCACAAGCACAUUUGGUGCCAUAUUUCAAAGCUACUGUACAUAGAGGAAAUGUAGUAAUUACACUUAGCCUUUUUCCCCUGUCACAUAUGGGCUACAUGUGGGUGGGGAGCAGGGGCUUUGGGUGCUUCUGAAAAUUAACCAUAGAUUGCAGCUUUAACAAUAUUUAGCAUUAAUGUGCUCUUUGUUAUGCCUUCAAUCCCCACUCCCCUCUAACGGAAACAAUGUCCCACAAAGUCUUUUAUUUAUUUUCCUCUUCCUUCCUUCUUCGGACUUUGAAAAAGGCAUGUUACAGAAGCAUUAAUAGAAUGGAAUAGAAUAUGACAUGUAACUUAAAAAAGAGACUGUUUUAUUUAUUUGCAUCCUGCUCCUGUGAAAUGUAAUAUUCAGCAUGCAUGAAGAUGAAAAAUAUAAAGAGACACGACAAGGAAAUCUCGUUUUAUGGGGAACACUGAGAGCAGAAAAUCGGAAAGGCGCCUCAACUGCAGCAAUAAUAGACUAUAACAUGUGAAAAAGAAAUAUGUGAAUAAAUGAUUAU